CGCCGGACGGUCCCGCCCCGCGCGCCCCCGGCUCCCGCCCGGCGCGCCGCCGAGGUUCCGCGGAGUUGACCGGGUCGGCGCCGUCGGUCCUGAGCGCUGCCUUCCGCGUUCCGCCGCGGCCCCACCUGGCGCCCCCGCUCCGCGCCAUGGCCGGAGCUCCCGGGGCGCAGAGCUGACGGCGGCCGGGGGAGCGCGCCAUGCCCAGCAGGACCGGCCCCAAGAUGGAAGGGAGCGGCGGCCGCGUCCGCCUCAAGGCGCAUUACGGGGGGGACAUCUUCAUCACCAGCGUGGAUGCCGCCACGACCUUCGAGGAGCUCUGCGAGGAAGUGAGAGACAUGUGUCGUCUGCACCAGCAGCACCCGCUCACCCUCAAGUGGGUGGACAGCGAAGGUGACCCUUGCACGGUGUCCUCCCAGAUGGAGCUGGAAGAGGCUUUCCGCCUGGCCCGUCAGUGCAGGGACGAAGGUCUCAUCAUUCAUGUUUUCCCAAGCACUCCUGAGCAGCCUGGCCUGCCGUGUCCGGGAGAAGACAAAUCUAUCUACCGCCGGGGAGCCAGAAGAUGGAGGAAGCUGUACCGUGCCAACGGCCACCUCUUCCAAGCCAAGCGCUUUAACAGGAGAGCAUACUGCGGUCAGUGCAGCGAGAGGAUAUGGGGCCUCGCGAGGCAAGGCUACAGGUGCAUCAACUGCAAACUGCUGGUCCAUAAGCGCUGCCACGGCCUCGUCCCACUGACCUGCAGGAAGCAUAUGGAUUCUGUCAUGCCUUCCCAAGAGCCUCCAGUAGACGACAAGAACGAGGACGCCGACCUUCCUUCCGAGGAGACAGAUGGAAUUGCUUACAUUUCCUCAUCCCGGAAACAUGACAGCAUUAAAGACGACUCCGAGGACCUUAAGCCAGUUAUCGAUGGGAUGGAUGGAAUCAAAAUCUCUCAGGGGCUUGGGCUGCAGGACUUUGACCUAAUCAGAGUCAUUGGGCGCGGGAGCUACGCCAAGGUUCUCCUGGUGCGGUUGAAGAAGAAUGACCAAAUUUACGCCAUGAAAGUGGUGAAGAAAGAGCUGGUGCACGAUGACGAGGAUAUUGACUGGGUACAGACAGAGAAGCACGUGUUUGAGCAGGCAUCCAGCAACCCGUUCCUGGUCGGAUUACACUCCUGCUUCCAGACGACAAGUCGCCUCCGGCGCCUCUCUCCCUGCAGGCUGUUUCUGGUCAUUGAGUACGUCAACGGCGGGGACCUGAUGUUCCACAUGCAGAGGCAGAGGAAGCUCCCUGAGGAGCACGCCAGGUUCUACGCGGCCGAGAUCUGCAUCGCCCUUAACUUCCUGCACGAGAGGGGGAUCAUCUACCGGGACCUGAAGCUGGACAACGUCCUCCUGGACGCGGACGGGCACAUCAAGCUCACAGACUACGGCAUGUGCAAGGAAGGCCUGGGCCCUGGCGACACAACGAGCACUUUCUGCGGAACCCCGAAUUACAUCGCCCCGGAAAUCCUGCGGGGAGAGGAGUACGGGUUCAGCGUGGACUGGUGGGCGCUGGGAGUCCUCAUGUUUGAGAUGAUGGCCGGGCGCUCCCCGUUCGACAUCAUCACUGACAACCCAGACAUGAACACAGAGGACUACCUUUUCCAAGUGAUCCUGGAGAAGCCCAUCCGGAUCCCCCGGUUCCUGUCCGUCAAAGCCUCCCAUGUUUUAAAAGGAUUUUUAAAUAAGGACCCCAAAGAGAGGCUCGGCUGCCGGCCACAGACUGGAUUUUCUGACAUCAAGUCCCACGCGUUCUUCCGCAGCAUAGACUGGGACUUGGCUGUGUUGUGACUUCCAUCCCGGCCUGAGAGGCCUGCGAAGGGCUUGCCAUUGACCGCCGGCCCUGCCUCUGCCACCGACCGCCGGCCCUGCCUCUGCUGUUUCCUUGCCACCCAUCAGCUCUUAGGCUUUUAGGAAGAAGUGUGGCUGUUUUGGCCAGAUUGCUUUAGCUGGCCUCAGCAGGGUUGGUGUGGGGUCACCACCACCUCCAUGUGACCUUGGCAGAAGGAAGGUCCUCCUCCCAUUCACCCAACGUCCACAACUCAGUGGUUUUGAGCAAUCCCAGAGUUAUAUGACAUCAUCGCGAUCAUUUUCAUCACCCUGUACCCAGAGAAGACCUGAACCCACUCCUGCCUCUCCCCACACCCUGCAGUGGCUGCUCCACCAGGCUCUGUGGCUCUGCCUGUUCUGGACAUGUCAUGGAAAUGGACCUGGGCACACCGUGGCCUUUCAUGCCUGCCCUCUCCUCUCAGCAUUGUCUCCACAAGGCGCACCCACACAGUAGCACGUGGCGCUGCCUCCUUCCUGCACCGAACCCCACCCACUGCGUCCACUGCGUGGAGACCGUACCUCUGCAUCCAUCCUCAGUGGACAUCGGGUGGCCUCCACUUUCUGGCCAUUAUGAAUUGUGCUGCCAUGAACACCUGUGAACCCCGCUUCUGUGUGGACACGUGUUCAUUUCUCUUGGGUGCAUGCUCAGGGCGCCGUUGCAGGUCCGGUGGUCUCGGUCUAGCCUUUCAGGGGGGCCACCUGUUCCUGCAGCGGCUGCUUUCUGGUCCCUUUGGGGGCCCCCUCAGUCUGUGCUGGACUUAGUUCCAUGGCUGUAGUGGGCACAGCUUGAGAAUGGUCCCUCGGUGGGUGUCACUUCCAUGUGGGAGUGGGGCACGCGUGAGGCCUCGGUCCCCACCUGUGGACUCAGGGUCUCUUUCACGGACUGCGAGGAAGGUGGUGGGAGCAGCAGGGGUGGAUGGUGAAAGGACACGGUGCCCACCCCCCGAGUGUCCAAGGGUAGAGCUGGGACGGGGUCACAGUCACCGCAAAGCCGCCCCAGCCCCUCCUUGCCUAUCCCCAGCUGAACCAGCACCGCUUAGGCAGUCGCCACCGCUGGGGUGUGGCUCUGGGGCCCAGCACCGGGUACCCAACCCUGCUUUCCUCCUGGAGCCCGGCCUCUGCACACUGCCCUGGAGAAGAGAGGCAGUGUGUGCAGAGGGCCCCGUCAGCGGGGCAGAUCCGUCUUUCUUGCCCCUGCACUGGGAGGUGGCGCUCAUCUUGUCGGGGUUCCCAUGGGCCGUGUCUAGACCCCACCCUCCGCCGGUCCAGGCACAUCCUAAGGCUCCUAUAUCCUGAGUCCUCCGGUUUGGCUGUGGGAGCAAAGGCCGUGGGGAAGUUGCUGGGCCCGUCCCGGGUGAGCUUUGAGUGAUGGACAGGCUCAUUCUGAAGGAACUGGGUCCAGACAGCACGUCCUGGCCUGGUGGCUGGGGCUGCCACUCUAAGAGGGUCCCCAUUCCUGCAGGACCCCUGGUACUUGCUGCACCGCGAAGCCUGAGUAUUUGUGGCUCAUGUGAUGUGUACUUGUGAAUAUCAGAGUCUGGGAUUUGAAGUGAUGGAUUUCCCAGUGUGGUCCCAGCUCCCCACUGAUGUGAAAGGUGGUGGCGGGUUAACAGCUGAGCCACCACCUGCUGCCCAACCCCAUGUGUCCCACACGGCCAGGCGGUGCUGUGCUAACUCAUCUCCCCCGAUGGAAACGUUUGCGUGGUGACAGCCGUUUCUCUUGAGAGUCAUUUGCUGCCCAUGUUGCUGGGGAGAUUCUGCCUCAGGGCCAGGAAUGGUUUGCUCCUCCCACCCCGGGCCCAGGGCUGCUGGUGGGAGGCUCCAGGGAGGAGCAAGGACUCUAAUGCUUCGUGUUGUGGGAGCCUCAGGACUUUCCCACGUGUGACAAGCACAUUCCUGGGAGCUCGGUGGGAGGAACCCAGCCACGUUGUGUGCUGUGCAAGGAGCCGGCGGCAGGGAGGGGAAAACGGAAAGAUGCAGAGGAGGGCAGGUGACAGGAGGCCCACAGAGAGAUGCCUGGGUCUGGGCAGGGGGUAGGAGCAGGAGGGAGGCGGUUAUGGGAGACGUGGAGCAGUGGAGGCCGUCAGAAGUGGGGAUCACAGCUCUGACCUCAUGGAGAGGGACAGGCCCCACAGCUGGGCUGGUGCCAGCCCCACUACCCAGGGCCAACCUGUGUGGCCGUAAAACUCUCAAGCCUGGAGUGUAUAGAAGGCAGCAGUGCCCUGGCCUGGCCACCCGCGAGCCCCUCUGUCCACCCCAGCUGCGUGGCACAGGGCAGGUGUGGGGCGUCCAGCUGGAGCCUUGAGUGGUGGAUCCUCGGUGGGGCUUUAAGGCUGACCUGAGUGUGUUUAUGAAAAUGCAUGGGGACUGGCUGCAGACGCACAGACAACUUGGAUGCACGGACACCUGGAUGACGUGGACACUCAGACAAUGUGGACGCACAGACAACGUGGAUGCACAGAUGACGUGGACACACGGAUGAUGUGGAUGCACGGACGACGUGGAUGCACGGACGACUCAGAUCCACAGACAACUCGGAUGCAUGGACACCCAGACGACGUGGACACACAGAUGACUCAGAUCCACAGAUGACUCGAACGCACAGAUGACUCGGAUGCUCAGAUGACCGCUGCUGUGCUGCCACCCCAGGGCUCUCUGGGCGUUUCCUGUGGUUUGGGCACCAGGAGCUUGGGAGUCCCAUGCUGCCCCCGGGGCACUACCUCCUGGGCCCAGCCCUGCAUCCGGUGGCAGCCCAGGUGCUCACCAGUCAUCACCCCAACAGUGCAGGGUGGUCUUGGGGACCUCCCCCCAUCAUUGCCAAGAACUGGCUCCAGGAUGUUUCCAUGUGGCCGGCUAGUAUGGCCAAAGUGGACCCCAGCGUGCUGUCCCCUUGGACGCCUCCAGGCCCCGCCCAGCACAUGUGGGGCUCGUCUAUCUUGUGCCUGACCAUGCUCUGCCGUGUGGGGCCUAGCCCAGCCCCCCCAAUCCUGCUGCUUCUCCCCGCCCCACCCCCACCACCUGCACCAAGCCACCAGCAUCCUGCCUGGCCCUACGGACAGCAGUGUCCUCCUGUGUCCAAAAGCCUCCUCCCCCUCAGCCCCUUCACUCGGGCCUCAUGGGGCCCCUCUGUGGCCCCCAGCACACAAGGCACGCACCCACUAUGGGGACUUUGCACGGCUGUGCCCUCCCCAGGCUCCAGCCCUCACCUCCCUCAGGCUAUUUCUCAGAUGUCCCUUCAGAACUAGAGCCCUUGGGCCCCCAGCCCAUUGACACAGAACAGGCCCCCGUUGUAUCUCAGGUCACUGCUGUGGUUGCAGCCACAGGGGCGGCAUGUGUUACUGCCACAGCGUCCGACCUGGGGCCAGCGUGUACUCAAACGCACUGCUCUGAGAGGCCAGGGCGUCCAUGGGCUGGGCGUGGGGGGCGGCAGUGGGAAAAGGUGUCAGGCACCAUGGGCCCCGACCUGAAGCCCACAUGCCAGCUGCAGAGAUGGGCACUGAAGGCUUCUGAGCAACAGGAGGAGGUAACGCUGGCCCCUGGGGAUGCUGUCAGGGAAACUGAGGCAAUCUCGAGCCCUCGGAGCAGAGAACAGGCUGGGCCAGGGGCUGGGGGACCCUGGGCCAGCUCCAGCUGGGUCCUGCUCUGUUCCCACCCCUGCUGCUUAUUAAACCCUUGUAAAGCAGCACAGGACUAAGGUAGGGAAAGUACUUGAGAAAAUGCCCCUUUUCACAUUUUAUCGGGAAGUGUUUCAUAGGAAGAAUACAAGUAACUGAUGAAUGAAGGGGGCAUCUUGUGUCCCCACAACCCUGCUGUGCGCAUACCACAGGUGAGCCGUUCUGCCUAAGGGGACAGCCCUGGCCCCUCCUCAGGCUCCUCCCCAGCACUGUCUCCUCCACCCAGUGGACUGGCCGUGGAUGCUGCCUGUGGCCCAGCUUUGAGACGGCCACAGCCCUGACAUGUGUCCAGCCUUACGUGGAAGGAUUUGUCUGUUUUGUGGCGUCCUAGUAGAUGCCAUGUUAGUAGAAUGGAUGUGGGCAUUUCUUUGUAAGUUCCCAAAAGCCUGUGAGGGUUUUUUCCAUGAUUCCGUUCCCGGUUUGGCUUUUGUUGUUGUUGUGGCUGUUCUUGACCACCCUGGGCCCCGCAAUGGAGAAUGGGGGGUGAGCCCAGGAGCCUCGAGCAGAGGCCCAGCCCCUCCUGCCAUGCAUUUUCCUGCCAAGCAGCACCUGAGAUUCCGAAGCUGAUGCCUAUACAGGCAGAAACCCGUCAAUUCCAGCUUGCACGACUGGAGGGUCCUGAGGAUGGGAGUCCCUGUGGUGCCAUCAUGGGCAGGGUGCAUCUGUUUGGGCAUGCUGCCCCCCAGCCGGCGGGGCACUGGGGACAGGCACGGCCACACUGGGGGCGUUUCUGGUCUUGGGAGCCUUCUUGGCUCUUCUGGAGGGAAGGCGGCUGCUGGGUGCCCUGUGAUCCGCCUGUGAGCUGCGCUGUUCAGCUUGGUCUGCAGGGGCUGGGGGCCUCGGAGGGUGGCUGGGGGGCUGCAUUUCUUUUCACCAGCUGCACCCACCCGGCCCUAUCCUGGCUGGUACUGAAGGGAGCAGGGCAACGUGUGACGUCCUCCCCUGAAGCCUGGUGAAUGGUGGCUCCACGAGGCUGGGGUCAGUGGGUGCCUGUUGUGACAGCUGGAUCUCAGUCUUGGCACAGGAGCACACACCUAAGAGGUGGGCCAGUGAACGAGUGUGCGAGGGUGGGCUAGAGAACGAGCAAGGGAAUGAGAAAGGGAAAGUGGGUUAGAGAGUGAGCCAGUGAAUGAGUGAGCGGGAGUGGGUUAGAGAGCGAGGGAGUGAGUGAAUGAGUGGGCUACAGAGGGCCGGGCGCGGUGGCUCAUGCCUGUAAUCCCAGCACUUUGGGAGGCCAAGGCGGGUGGAUCACGAGGUCAGGAGAUCGAGACCAUCCUGGCUAACACGGUGAAACCCCGUCUCUACUAAAAAUAAAAAAACAAUGAGCCAGGCGUGGUGGUGGAUGCCUGUAGUCCCAGCUACUCGGAAGGCUGAGGUGGGAGAAUGGUGUGAACCUGGGAGGUGGAGCUUGCAGUGAGCUGAGAUCGCGCCACUGCACUUCAGCCUGGGAGACGGAGCCAGUCUCUGUCUCAAAACAAAAACAAAAACAACAAACAAAAUUAGCUGGGCAUGGUGGUGCGUGCCUGUAGUCCCAGCUACUCAGGAGACUGAGGCAGGAGAAUAGCUUGAACCAGGGAGUCAGAGGUUGCAGUGAGCUGAGAUCGCGCCACUGUACUCCAGCCUGGGCAACAGAGCGAGACUCCGUCUCAAAAAAAAAGUGGGCUAGAGAGUGAGUGAGUGAAUGGGAGUGGGUUAGCGAGGGAGUGAGAGGGUGAAUGGGAGUUGGAUAGAGAGGGAGUGAGGGGGUGAAUGGGAGUUGGAUAGAGAGGGAGUGAGAGGGUGAAUGGGAGUGGGUUAGAGUGAGGGAGUGAGAGGGUGAAUGGGAGUGGGACAGAGAGUGAGGGAGUGAGAGGGCGAAUGGGAGCAGGAUAGAGAGGGAGUGAGAGGGUGAAUGGGAGUGGGAUAGAGAGUGAGGGAGUGAGGGCCGGGCGCGGUGGCUCACGCUUGUAAUCCCAGCACUUUGGGAGGCCGAGGUGGGCGGAUCAUGAGGUCAGGAGAUCGAGACCACGGUGAAACCCCGUCUCUACUAAAAAUACAAAAAAAUUAGCCGGGCGUGGUGGUGGGCACCUGUAGUCCCAGCUACUCAAAGAGAGGCUGAGGCAGGAGAAUGGCGUGAACCCGGGAGGCAGAGCUUGCAGUGAGCCGAGAUUGCGCCACUGCACUCCAGCCUGGGCGACAGAGUGAGACUCCAUCUCAAAAAACAAAAAAAAGAGAGUGAGGGAGUGAGAGGGUGAAUGGGAGUGGGAUAGAGAGUGAGGGAGUGAGAGGGUGAAUGGGAGUGGGAUAGAGAGUGAGGGAGUGAGGGUGAAUGGGAGUGGGAUAGAGAGGGAGUGAGAGGGUAAAUGGAGUGGGAUAGAGAGUGAGGGAGCGAGAGGGCGAAUGGGAGUGGGAUAGAGAGGGAGUGAGAGGGUAAAUGGAGUGGGAUAGAGAGUGAGGGAGUGAGAGGGUGAAUGGGAGUGGGAUAGAGAGGGAGUGAGAGGGUA